GCAGCCGCGGGCGGGGGCGGGGGGCGGGGCCGCCAGGUCAGGCAGGUCUGCGCCGCCCCGCCGCGCGUCCAGAGCGCGCAGUCCGUCGGCCGGCUCGCACAGUUCUCCCGGCCCGGGGCACCUUGCCGCCGGCCUCCCGACGCAGACCCGUGCGUCCCAGGCCUGCCGGCCAGCGGGCUCCCGGCGCCCUACUCUGCCCUGCGCGCGCUCCCGCGAGCCCCCGGCCCGCCUCGCGCCCCUCGCGCCCCGGUCCUCGGCGCGCGCAGCAUGGCGCCCCCCCAGGUGCUCGCGUUCGGGCUCCUGCUCGCCGCGGCGACGGCGGCGGUGGCCGCGGCCCAGGAAGGAUGUGUGUGUGAAAACUACAAACUGACAACAAACUGCUCUGUGAAUGCACAGGGUCAGUGCCAGUGUACUUCAUUUGGUACACAGCAUACCAUCAUUUGCACAAAACUGGCUACCAAAUGUUUGGUGAUGAAGGCAGAAAUGCAUGGCUCAAAGUCUGGGAGAAGAGUGAAACCAGAGGGCGCUAUCCAGAAUAAUGACGGGCUCUAUGAUCCUGAGUGUGACGACAAGGGGCUCUUUAAAGCCAGGCAGUGCAAUGGCACCUCCCUGUGCUGGUGUGUGAACACUGCUGGGGUCAGAAGAACCGAUAAGGACAGUGAGAUAUCCUGCUCCGAGCCAGUGAGGACCUUCUGGAUCAUCAUUGAACUAAAACACAAAACAAGAGAAAAACCUUAUGAUGUUCAAAGUUUGCAGAAUGCACUCAAGGAGGUAAUCACAAGUCGUUAUCAAUUGGAUCCAAAAUAUAUCACAAAUAUUCUGUAUGAGAAUGAUCUUAUCACUAUUGAUCUGGUACAAAAUUCUUCUCAGAAAACUCAGAAUGAUGUGGACAUAGCUGAUGUGGCUUAUUAUUUUGAAAAAGAUGUUAAAGAUGAAUCCUUAUUCUUUUCCAAAAGGAUGGACUUGAGAGUAAAUGGAGAACUACUGGACCUGGAUGCUGGUCGAACUUCAAUUUACUAUGUUGAUGAAAAACCACCUGAAUUUUCAAUGCAGGGUCUACAAGCUGGUAUUAUUGCUGUCAUUGUGGUUGUGGUAAUAGCAAUUAUUGCUGGAAUUGUUGUGCUGGUUGUUUCCAGAAAGAAAAGAAUGGCAAAAUAUGAAAAAGCUGAGAUAAAGGAAAUGGGUGAGAUGCAUAGGGAACUCAAUGCAUAACACUGUAAUUUGAAGAGUAACUACAAGAAGGGAAAUUAGCAAACAGACCAGAUUACAAACAUAUGAGCAUGGGGCAAAGAGAAGAUUUUUGAAGACCACUGUUGUGUUAGUUAACAUCAUAUAUUUUUAAUAGUUAAACCUGUACUCAAAAUAUAAGCAGUUUGAAAUUGACUUUACCAAUCUUAAACUUUGACCACACGUCAUAUAUAUGCAGAUCUGAUAUAAAACCCAGAAUUUGGACUGCAUAGUUUGAAUUAUUUAUGCCUAACUUUGAAGGGUAUGCAUUAAAUAUGCUUCCACAGUAGAGUCUGAGUGACUACUGUCUCAUCCAUUUGUGAUUAAAUAGCUGCCUUUCUGUUUACUUUGAGUCCUGUACAUAUAAACAUUUUUUAUGAACUAUGAAAUAAACAUUUAAAAAUGAGUUUCCUAA